CGCAACGCAACGGCCGCGGUUCCAGUCGUCGUCGCCGAGCGGUUAUCGAUCGCCACGGCCGCGCUCCGGUUAUAUAUUAUUAUAUUAUUAUAUAUAUUAUAAUAAUAUCGUUUAAAUAUAUUAAACGCGACGUCGCGACCGCGUAACGCAGCACAACCGCCGCCGCGGCUCCGGUCGUUUCAUUAUCAUAUUGCGGUCAUUUGAAUUCAUACGGCCGCACGAUACCGGCACGUGUGACCACCGCCCGUCCCGAAGAUGCGUCGCGAUCUCGCCGUCCCGUCGGUCCGCGAACCCGCGGCACAUUGAGCCGUCUGGCGGGCGAUGCGCGAACGACGCACCGCCGCCGCCAAGACAAUCAGCCGCACAUCGCAGAGACGCCGACGACCAAGACGGCGGCUAGGACCGCGGGUACGACGACGACGACGGCGACGACGACGACGAACACUGAUUUCGAUCGCGUAAUCUUAUAGAUCAUCGUCAUCGUCAUCAUCAUCAUCAUCAUCAUCAUCAUCACUGUCAUCAUCAUCACUGUCAUAUUCAUCUUCACGAUAUCCAUCACCGCCGUUGCUUGUGUUCGUUUUUCUUAUAUUAUUUUUGUUACCAUAACUCGCAAUCAUGGAAAACAAUCCGUUGAAUUGGAACGACUUGACCACGGCCAACGAUCUGCCCGUCCCGAUAAAUCUCCAAAAUUUCUUUUGGGGCUUGACCAGUGCAUUUAUUCGACCUAAAGUUGGUAAACUACAUGAGAAUUCGUGUUUGUUUUGUCAACAUACUGCCGGACACCACGAGAUGAAAGAAGCAUGCAAGACUUUUGAACGGUUAUUAGUACUAGACUCUCAAAUUGACUUGCCGCAAAAACUUAAAGACGAAAUUAAAUUAUUACCUAGAUGGAAUAUUAUUCAAGCUUCAUUUCCACACAUAAUACAUUCUACAGCAGCUAUUCUUCAAAACAGAAAAGGAACAAACAUACAAUACAUUGGGCCGAUAGAAUCAAAACUAUUACUUAUUCUGCAUUGGAUAAUUCAAGACGCGCCUGAUGAAUGUGCGGAUUCUGAUUACGAAAAAGGGACGUUUCAAACUUUACCACAUUAUUACCUUUUUAAUAUUCCUACUAUGACAUUAUUCAUUUAUUUGAUUGCACCUCUAAUAAAUCAAGUUAAAGAAUCAGAUUUGAUAACUAAUGGGUUAGAAAGUGGAUUGAAAAUGUGGCAAGCAUUUUGGGACAAUCGCACACCUAACAUUGCAAGUUUUUCGGCACAUUGUAAGCCAAAACCUAAAUCUCUAUGGUAUAAUCUUAAACGACUGUCCCAAGAAAAACUAAGGAAUCAAGAAUAUAACAGUCGCACAAUAUCAGCAUCUGUUAGCUCACCUCAUAAUAUAAAUCAUAACGAGUAUUGUCAGAGUAAAUCACUAGAUGAUGAGAUAUGGAUAACAUCACCAAAAGAGAAAUGUUUUCCAGAAACUAUACCUGAAGAAAGUUCAAGUACGGAAGACGAACAAGUCGUGAUUUUUCACAUACCUCCAUAUGAAGAAUAUAUCAAUAAUGCAGACAAUUUACAAAAUAAUUACCAAGGUAAACCAAGUAUAUUUCAACUGCCAGUUGGCAAGUCAGACUCAAUUUAUACUUAUGAAGAUUUGGCAGCAAUAACUUUACCUGAGAUGAAGCAAUUACAAAAAAAGAUGAGAAUAGGAAAUUCAAAAAAAAAAAUGACAGGUUCAAGCAGUUACAAAAGUUCAAGUUUCUUAACAGAAGAAUCUGUUUCUAUUGAUUUGAAUGCUGCCACGUUUUUAGAUGUUGCCGUAUUAAGAUGUUUAUUUGUUCCUCAAUGGUGCGAAGAAGGUGUUUACUGGUCUCUUCAAUUUUUAUACCAUAGAUUACAGAGUAUCAAUGAAAAUAUAAAAAUUAAACAAGAACCUCGAAGACGCAGUAAUUCAUUGCCAAUACCUAAAAUUGAGGUAUCAUUUCAUCAUGAACCAGAUUUUCGAGGAAGAAUUGUAAAACCGAAUUAUUCGAACAUAUUUGACGCAGGCGAUAAUUCACCUGAAAUGAUCAAAGAUAGAAAAAGAACAUUUUUUGAAGAUCGAGAUGUAACGAACCUUCAUUCAAGGCAUGCCAGUGAACGAAUAAAGAAAAAGAAAAAAAUUGUGGACUUGAAAGCAUUUGCAGUGGGACGUAAACUUUUGUCAAAAUCAGAAAAAAAUUUACAAAAAAUAGAUUACAUAAAUGACGUGAUGAUGCUAGAGCCAUGUCAUGAUGGCUAUGCAAAUGAAGAAUUACCAAACCCUUUAAUUAAAAAAUUAGAGUUUUUGUUUCAAAACAAUAAAACUGGUUUUCUUAAUAGAGGAAAGAGUCUUCCAAGUCUUAGAGUUAAUGAUAUAAAACACGUGAAAAGUUUCCUAAAUCCAAUUAUUACUAUAACGGAACACUCUGGUAUAACUUCCCCAGAUAUAAAUUACUACAAGGCAAAAUUCUUUGACGAGUUUCCAUUUGACAACGUAUUUCCACAAGGACAAAAACUAUCUAAAGAAUUUCGUCAGUCGAAUUUAACAAGAUCUCAAACUGAUUCGAAUAUAACAUAUAUUAGCGAAGAAGUAGCAGAAGUUCCAGGCUCAUUAAAUUACAUAACAAAAGAUGGGGAUGUUGAUUUUGAAGUUGUGUUAAGGGCCAUCCAUUUUUCAGUGUAUCAAGUAAACACUUGUAAAACAUUUAGAGUAUGUGAAGUUGUUAUUAAUUUACUGGAAUUACUGUUGGACCUGGGAAUAUUAAAUCAAUCAUGGCAUGGAGAUGUUGCUAAAGUUCCCAAUACUAGUUUACAUAAUAUUAGUCCCGAAUACUUGGUGCAUUUAUCAUACAGUAAACCAAUGUCAGCACAUGCACUUGCCAUGAGCUCCAUUAUAAAAAUAAUACAAAAUUUAGGAUGUCCUCAUAGUUGUGGAGAAGGACAUAGAGGACCUCCUGCAAAUUUUGUACGGACCCAAUGUCAAUGUUUGCUAAAUCGACUAAAACAAUAUGACAAACGUCAAUUUUCAAACUAUUUGAGACAUUUUGUUAAAAACAACUCACUUACUUUUAUAAUAAAUUUUAUUCAUUCAUACAUUGGAUUCUGUACUGAACCAAUGCAAAUACUCUCACCCAUGUACAACAAAAGGAAAUCUCUUGAUACGAUAUCCCAGAUGAGUGGAUCUCCAUCGGGAUAUGGACCAUCGAUAUGUAGUAAAGGAAAUGAAUAUCAUGUUAUAAGUGUUAUAUUUAGAAGUCUUAUUACUAGAGUUGUUAUGUCAUAUAAAGAACUAAAACAUCCUGAAAAUACUGAUAUUUAUAAUACUUUAAGAUUUUUAAUCGGUUACGUCAAAGACACUCAUUCAUCAAUAUUUAGACGCGUGAUGUUAAGUGGAUUACUAGAUACAGCUAAUAGAAACAAUGAAAAGCAUUGCAAUAUUCAAACUACACGUGUAAUUAGGCACAUACCUAUUCAUGAUCACGAUGAGCAUUCAAAAUCUAUAACGGAACCAUUUGUACUGGAUAGAACAAAUAGAAAGCUUUUAUUUAAAAAAAGAAAUACAAUAGCUAGUUAUUCAAAUGCUUUUGAAAACCAAAUUAGCGAUGAUAUUAGGAAUCAAAUGUCAUCAGUUAGUCUGAAGAGAAGAAAAAAUCCAAUGCUAGUUUCUAAACCCAGUGAAGGAAGUAUGCAAUGUUCUAAAAAAUCAUAUACAAAUCGUUUACAAAUCAAAGAAAUAGUUAAUUGGAUUAGUUCAAAGUCAAGUGUGCACGAAUGCCGUACGAGACCGCAGGGUUUAAGUUCUUCUUAUGACUCAUCUUCGGAUGUAGGCUCAUUAGUACGACAAGCAGCAAAUUUACAUCAAUCAUAUUGCAGAGGUUCUAAAAAGAGUAGAACUGGAAUGUCUCAAACGUUCAAGAAAACUAAAAAGCGAAUGGGCCACCAUUUAAAUAAGUAUGUUUUUCGAAAAGGAAGAAAAAAGGAUAAGAGUACUGAAGAUUCUCAAGGAAGCUAUUUAAGUCGCCGAGAUUCUUUAGAUGAUGGGGAUCACCCUCAUCAAUCAGAAUUUGUCGUUUUAAAGGAAAGAAAAUUAGUACAAAUUAAACAGCUAAGAGCGGGAAUUCAGCGGUUUUCAAUAAUGAUGGAAAUGUGUGGACCAGGUUCUGUCCCAGAUGCAAAUUUCAUAUCUGCAGCAUUUGAUUUGCCAAAUACACCAGUUUUGGCAAGAGCAGUUUUUCUUUUGGAAUGUUGUCAUUUUGUACAUGGUUGUAAUAAAGGUCAAUGGUCUACUUGGAUACGAAUGGUGAGACCUUCUGGUUUAAAUUUUAAACAAUCAGUAAUUUCUGGAGCCAAGAAGUCCGUUGUCGUUCAACAUAAUGCUGGAAAACUUUUUCGCCAAUGGGGAGAAAUUAUUGCUGCACGUUUAGAUGAAAUGAUUUCUGAGGAUAAAAAACAAUUGCCUCACGUUUUAUCGUGUAUUGCUGACGAAGCUAAUCAACGAGAGUUACAAAAUGAAGACGAAGAAGAAGAUUUUUUGGAUGAAACAUCUGGAAUUUCUCGGAUGUUCAGUUGUCCAAUGGUCCUUCGGUUAAUUGCAUGUAUGUUAUUUUUGGAAAUAACUUCCUAUCUACGGGAGACAUAUAGAAGUUUACCAAAAACUCGACCAUCAAAUCCUUACACAACAUUACCGGUCACAUCAAAUGCCUGGGAAAGGGAAAGGCAAUCUCAUAGUAGAGAAGGACGACGAUGGUCGAUGGCUUUAUCGUCGAUGGGCCAUUCACAAGCUUCUGCUCAAAGUUUACAAUCGAUUUCUGGUGAAAAGGAUCAAGAGAUGGAGAAAAGUGGAAAUGAGCUUUUACAGAGUCAUUUAAAACCAGAAGAGGAAGUUAGUCGAAAAAGUAGCGUCAUUGUUGCUACAAAUGUGUUGACCAAACUUCGCAGACACGCUAAACUAAUUAAAGAAAAGCGCGCUCCCGUUGACAAAGGUAAAACUUGUCUGAAGCGAAAUGAUUGUGAAUCUGGACAGUCAAAUGAAAAUUCUAAUUCAAAUGUUCAUUUUAAUCAGUGGGACGAAACGAGUUCAGCGAACACAGAUGAUAAAAGAAAUAAGGGGGCAGGUCAAUCUACUGUUCAUCCUUUGUCACAAAGAAAGAGCAUGGCGGGAUCAAUUAAGCGAUAUAGUUUGAAAUUACGAAGAAAUACUAAAGAAGGAAUAAAAGAAAUUAUGUCUUCCGAUGGAGAUUAUCGGAGCGAUACGUCAGACGGUUGUGCUGCAGUAAUACCUGGUGAAAUUAGCGGAGAAGAUGAAUCGGGAGCCAUGAUGAGUGAUGAUCAUGCGCCAACUAGCCCAUGUGAAAGUAAUGAAACUGACGAUACGACAUAUUUUAUGCCAUGGUUAAAAACUGUAAUUCAAAUAAAUAAGUCAUUUGACCAUAGUUGCACUCAUCAGUCAUUUUGUCAUCCAUUCUGUUAUAAAAGACAGAUGCGAUCUUGUUCAAGACUUAUUAAAGCUAUCAGAAAGUUAUAUGGUGAAGAAUUUGGUUUAAUGGCUUCCCUAGAAGGCAGUGGGGAUUUUGAAGAAUUUGGCAUGAUAACAAAAAUUGACGCUAAAAAAAAUUUUCAACUAUCAAGCUGUCAAUCUUCUCCAAACAAACGAAAAGAUAGUCUUGGAAAAAUAGAAAAUUCUAAUUUACUUUAUAAUCUCGGAGAAAGUAUGUCAAGCAAUAAAAAAAUGCUGUUAAAAUCUGAUUCUAAGGUUCAUGAAAAAAAUGAUAGUAAAAACACCAAUGAAGAUAAGAAUGAUCCUCCAAUAAUUUUGAAAUACAUAAAAAAUCAAGUACACGACAUUUUUCAUUGUUCAAUGGCCUUAUUGAUAAAAGCAGCUGUUGUAUUAACGGAGGAACAAGUUCUGGAUAUUUUACCAAUUGCAUGGGAAUUUUUACUAGACCCCAACCAAGAAUUGGUGGCGUCUUCUUCAACUUUGUUCAUUAUAGCAGCGUUUAAAGCUCCUCAAAAAUGCAUUGAACUAAUUAGCAGCAGUUUAACUAAUAAAGAUCCUAUAAUUAGAGCCAAUGCAAUUUUAAAAUUUCAUAUUUUAUGGAAAAACCGAUUUCAACCAUGGCCUCGAAUGGAAGAAGGAGCACAUAAUUCAUUCAGAAUACCUCCACCAGGAAUUGAAUUUACUUUAACUUCACCUAAAAUUGGAAUAGAAUGUUUACCUAUCGUUGAUCCUCCUUGGAUGCCUCAAGUGGAAACCAAAGUAGAAGAAGUGACAAUUGGUCAGGAUACACAUCGAUCAUUAGUAACAGCGACUAAAACACGUAAAAAACAGCAAACAGAACUUAUUAAAUUGGCUUUAGAAGCUAAGGAAGAUCAAAGAAGAAACGAACGAGAAAGUUUUCUCAUCACAGCCAUUCCUAUUAACAGUCAAGCGGCACACGAGUCAAGCAUGCACCAUGGUUUAUCUGACCCAGAAUAUGAAGAAGGCGUCGAAGUCGAUGAACAUGAAAACCAAUUACGUGUUGUGGCACAUCAUUUAGUUCAAUCUGUAACUGUGUUAUUUCCAUCUGCUCUUUGUUCUGCAGUUAUCGAUAUCAUAACGUUAUUAAAUGAUCCCGCCGUUACAGCAGAUGGUAAUUCAGUUUGUGAAACAGCUUAUCAGGUCAUAUGGGACUGUCUGGUUGAAGACUGUAAUCUAUUUUUACGUUUCGUGUUGGAAAGACUAACCAGGGACAAUCAAGAAAAAAUGUUUAAGUUGUUACGUCAUUUAAUACGAUUUGUACCAAAACUACCCCACCAAGCUGCGUUUAUUUUGUAUAAUUAUAUAAUUGGGUAUGUUAUGUUUUAUGUGAGAUCACCACAUGAAGAAGGCCAAAUUAUGAUUGGUUCGGCUUUAUCUAUUUUAUGGAUGGUUGUCCAUAGUGUGCAUGGUAUAAUGUUCAAAGACUUAAAACAAAUACUACGAAAAGAACAAUGUGAUGGUUCAAUAUUACUUACAGCUAAUGUUCCUUCUACAAAGAAAGUUGUAGUGCACGGUCCUCAAGAACAAAUGUCUGGAGGUAUACCAUCACAAUUUCCUGUGCAAGAAGAUACACAAUUUUUCCAAAUUUUAAAAGAAUCCUUAGAUUUUUUCGGUAUACCCGAAGAACGACACAGAGAGUUUUUCCUUGUUAAUAUUAAAACACGUCAAAUUCAUAAUCCUACUUCUUAUGUAAGGGAUUAUUAUUUUUUCAAGAGAUCACAAUAUCCUCAGCUAGAAUUAAUCCAAAUGGAUCUUACUGAAGCCUUCAAUCAGUUACAAAGUCAGGAGCUUAUACACAAAUUUAUUGAAAUAGGAAAAGUACUUCUCACUUGGGCGAUUUUAAAAAAUGUUGAUAUGGUCGUACAAAGAGUGGUAUUUUUACACGAGGAAUUAAUUAAACUUCCUUCAUUUCCUAGAAAAGCAUUAGACGCAGAUCUCGAUUUAUACCAAGGUGGUAACAUGGGAAAGGAAUUAUUAGGAUUGGAUUUAUUACACAAGUUUAUUUGGGUUCGAUUACUUGCCCGGAUGUUUGAAGCAAUGGCUGGAAACUUUGCUUAUUCGGGUGAUAUCCACUUGUUUUUGAACGUAUUGAACGGAGCGGUUACAUUGCACAGCGAAGAUUCUUGCGUAUUACGUUAUGUAAUGGCUACGUAUAUAAACGCCGCUCGCAACUUCAAAAAUAUAUUUUCAAGCAACGGGUAUCUAUUGAUUAUUCCCACACUACUCCAACUAUACGCAAGUCACCAUACAAAUAAAAUUGUUACUCGAUCAAUUGAAUAUACUAUUAAGCAGUUUUACUUGAUGAAUCGUAAACCAUUCAUAUUACAAAUGUUUGGCAGUGCAUCUAGUAUACUAGACUUAGACGAUGCAACAAAUGUUGAGGAUUCAAGUCGCGUUGAAGCUAAUUACUUUUUCAAAUUGAUAUUGAGCUUGGAAACUGCAUCUCCCGAUCCUAUUCAUAUUAGUGAAUUGAUAAAAGAAGAAAAGCCGUUACAAGCGGUUGACUUUUGUUAUCAAGACGAAGAUGAUACUAUCACAAUACAGGAUUGUAUAUCUUUAUGCGUAAUGGUUAUAGCAUUUUCACCUGAAACGCUACGCUCAUAUCAAAUGCUCCUUAUUUUGGAAGCCAUUUUACCAUGUUAUUUGAAACACAUUCAGCAACCAAUGUACCGAGAUAUCGAAAGAGACGUAAUCAAUCAAUUAAUAAUUUCUAUAAAAACAUUAAUUAAUAACAGUGAAGCACUAUCAAAACAUUACAACGGUCCACAAAAAACUAGCCAGGAACCAAAAGAUUCUAGUCAAAGAAAUUGUAGUAAAGGACUAUGUUCUCCAACUGGUGGUGAAACAAAAGAUCUGGAAUCGAAUUCAAAAAUGUUUAGUGAGCGUAAAAUUCAUAAAUCUCCAUUCGAUAGAGAGUUUUUGGAAUUCGAGAUGCAAGUUGAGGAAAAAUAUGCGGCUUUAAGAAACGAAUUUCGUCGAACUAGAGAUGUCUUGUUGUCAGUUGUCACAGAUUUUGUGGUUAUAUGCCAUGCCAGACUUACUGAAUUAAGUCGAAAGUAUCCUCAAGAAGGGAAACCUUUUGAGAUUUUAGACACACGAAUGCAAAUCAGGUUAGGUGAAGUGGCUCAUAGCUUAUUGAAAGUAUCGCCUUAUGACCCAGAAACUAUGUCGUGUAAAGGACUACUUAAGUACAUGACAAAUAUUUUGCCAAUAGUUGAUUGGGCAGCCGAAGCUUUACGUCCAACUCUCUUAGGAAUUCUUAGGAGACUUGAUAAAACAUUUAAUAAAAUUUACAAAAAGCCAUCUAUCAGAAGAUACACUGAUUGGUAUGCUGCAGGGGAAUUAAUAAAAGGUGUUUAUGAAAUACUGUCGGAACAUCCAUUUAUCGUACAUAUUCCACAUUUCAAAGCUUUAAUUUCCACUUGCCAAGGUAUCAUAGUUGGCGAUUCAGGGACUACGGCUACUGCGGCAGUUGAUAAUUUCCAACAAUCUAUUAUACCAGUGGAAACACCUCCUCCGCAUUUUUGUGCCAUUGUCAUACGUCUAUUGGCAUUACAUAUUUUGGCAAUAGGGGAUAAUUAUACACUGGAACAAUCAGUUGGAGGAAUGAUGAACAUAAUGUCAUCGCAAGUUAAAACCGAAAGCUUUCUAAUGAAUCUAUUUUUACCACUCUGUUUCAGAGUAGGUAUAGGAAAGAAAGAUAUGCAUUGUAUGAGACCAUGUGAUAUCAAAUUUAUGCUCUCGGUCGUCUUAAAUUCAAUGAGCCCACCUGUAAAAACAACGUGUCUGACAUUUGUGCAGCUUACAAACGUAAAACAAACGUCUGAUUUGCGGACAAACUCGUAUACAUUCAACAGAGAUUCAAAACCAGCUCCAACAGUUUCUAAAUCAUUUUUCAAAGUUUUAUUUUUAGCUCUGAAAAUAAUGCUCGUGUGUUUCGAAUGUGAGUUGGCUUUGCAAUAUCAACGUAUAGCGCAUACUGUGAAGGAACUUAUGAACGUGCAAGACGCCAGAGCAUCCAUUUGGUCUUUUAUUGAGUUUAUCAUUGUUAACCGAUCACCUCUCUUUAUUCUUCUUCAGCCUUUCAUUUUGCAAAGAUUGGGAUUAAUAAACGCGACCGAACAAGAAACAACAUCACACAAUUUGCUUAAAGAAAAACUUACAGAGUAUACUGCCAUUACACCGUUAUGUAGAAGUUCUCUUCUUGUUGAAUUAAUGAAUGAAAUGACUGAGCUCAAACAAGAAUUAGAUGAUCGAUUAGAUGAGCAACGAACCAGAUCUAAUAAUGGUUUGCGAAAUUCGUGUGAAACUCAACACCGACCAUCUAUUAUAAAUUUGCUGCCCGGAAACUCAAACCCCUCGUACAGUGUAUGUACCAUAAAUACACACAGAGAAUCAAUAUCUAGUGUACGCAGUAACUUGAGUAGCCAAGAAAGUUCCAUCAAGAAUUUGGGAAGUAUGCAAAGAGAUUAUAAAAAUACAGAUGGAGACCAAACCGAUAUCAAACACAACGAACCCCGUUUACAACGUUCAAGAGCACAGAGUCGAAAAAUUUUUAGAUUUCGUCAAAGUCGUCGUAUGGAGGUGAUCCAGCAGGGCGUCAAGUCGCAGCAACAGCAGACUUACGACGACAUGGAAAAGGUGCAGAUAAUGCCCAGCAACUGCAUAUGUGAGUGCCUGAGCACGAGAACGAUGCCCAUGGACGAAGGCCGGACUUCGAUACCCAAACCCGAUAUGAUAUGGGAGGAGGAUAGCCACAGCGCGCCGUCGCGGACGUCCAGCACGUCGGGUUAUCGCGAGAACUGCAGCCUGCUGAUGAUGCCGAUGGGCAGCUCCGACGAGCGGUCGUCAUCGCCGGUCCACUUGCACCACCACCACAACUGUCUAACCGCCAGCUGCUCUACCAUAAUGCCGGCUGACAGCCCUGGCUCAGUGGCGACCGCUGCGGGAUGCAGCGACCGAGAGAUGAGUGGCAACGACGACGUCGGCAGUCAGCAGACGAUCGUCACGUACGAACACGAGGACACGCUACUCUGAGUCACCGACGACGAACACUUUUUACAACUGCGGUGACGACCGCGACGGUGAUUUUAUUAUAUUCCAAAUGUGCCUGUUUGUAUAAUAUAUAAAAUAGUCGUAGACUUAUACUGAUUAUCAUAUUAUAGUAAAAUACUUGCCAAAACUAAAUAUUCGUGAGGCCUGCAAUCGGUAUGGUUGCUAACUGAGGAAGCGAUUACCGUACGAAACUACACUAUGAUAAUUCACCUCGACUACUUAGAAUAUUCAAUUAAAAAAACGUAGCCGAUUUCAUUAUCUUUUUCUAUAUUAUCUAUGCAUAUACAUAUUAAGUAUAAGUCUAUGAUUUAAAUACGCCCAAGCAUUGGUGGUUAAGUUUAAAAUAAUAUUAUAACAUUUUAUAUAGUACGGAAAAUGAACAAGUUUUUACAAAAGUCACAUUUUACUUUUUAACUUUUUCAGUCUCAUCUAAAAUUUAAAAAGUGAAGUGUAUCGCAGCUCGCAGGAUACUCUUUAGCCAUGACUGUGUAGGUAACAGCGUAUGACGAUAAACAAUUAUUAUUUUAUACUGUUACGUAUUAAACUAUAUUAUUAUACAUCGUAUCAUAAUUCAUAGUCACAAAGGUCAAAGAAUAUCUUUGGGGGCAUAGUGUUAAGAAAGAAUAUUAUUUAAUUUUGGUUAUAUAUUACGGUAUAAUAUUAGUAGUGUUUUUUCAUAUUUUUGUAAAGGAUAAAAUUGUAACCUUAAAAAAAAAUAUCGUUUAUUGUCCUAAUUGUAAUUUUCUUAUAUUUAUAUUUACGUAUUGUAGGGGGUAAGUUCCUCCUGUUUGUUAAAAAUGUAUCAUAAACAAUAUAAAUUUUGAUAAUUUUUAACAGUCAUCAGUAAUAAAUAAUUAUCUAUUACUUUAUGAAAGUAAAGAUUAUACAAUAAUAGGUAGUUUAUAUAAAACUUAUGUAUAUUAUAUUAAUAAUUUAAAUUUAACUAGGUAAAUACUAGGCCUAUAUAUCUAUAUUAUUUAAUAAAUUAAAAAAAAAAACUAAUAAAUAUGAUAAAUAAUCGCAUAAUAUCAAUUAAAUUCCAUUUGGAAGUUGGACCGAUCUCAUAAAAAAUUGAUCUACCAGAAUGAUUUCCCCCCCGUCAAAAAAAAAAAAAAAAUAAUAAUAAUAAAAAAAAAUGUUAUAACAUAGAUAUAGUCAUUCGUUAACUAUUAUAAGUAUAGUUAGGUAAACGGAUAAUUAUAGGGCUUGAAACUGAUAUUGAAAAGCUUCAAAAAAACCGAACUCGUCAAAAAUUGGCAAUAUUGAUAUAAUAUUGUUACAAAAUAUGGUGUCAAGCCCUGGUCUCUUGUACAUGAUUCGAGAGUUAAAUAAUUACGAUAUUGUUUUAUGGAACGUCGUUAUACUACUCCGAUCUAAACUAACGUAGUUUGCGAGUGUGUAGAGUCGUUACAAUUGUUUUUUUUCAUUUUUAAAUUAAACCUGUGAUUCAUAAUAAAUUAUUUAAUAAAAUCGUCACGUAUUUUAUAGUGUUGAAUUCCGGCCAUAACGAUAUUGAUUCCGAUUGAAAUAAGUUAUAUAUAUAUAUAUAUAUUUAUAUUGCGCUCAGAUUGUCGUACUUAUUUUUUUAUACCAUUUGCGUUCGCCUAUGAUAUCGGCUGGUCGUCGCACAGCUUUUUGAACUGUCACGGAGUUUGUUAUUUCCAAUUUACUUACGGCUGUCGACCGCUGAACAUUUGGUUCAACGCUCUUUAUUAUAUCAUGUGAUGAAAAAAACUUAUGGGUUUCUAUUUGUUAUUAAAAAAUAUAUAUCUACAUUAACUGCACGUGUGCACCGUGCGCAUGCUCGAGGGUUAUGAAAACAUUUGUGCGAUUACAUUAUAUUUAUUACCUAUUAUUCUAAUGAUUCGAUGAGAUACGUAUAGGCGCAUACCCGCACAAGUACACCGCCACGUUGUGAAAAGGAACAUUUCCAAAGGACAAUGCGAAUAAACAUUGUCUGUGAAUAUUUAUAAAGUACACGGUUAAUCGUCACUAAUCAAUUAAAUAAAAUAGCACUAAUAUAUUAUAGAUAAGUUAGGUUUAAUACUCGAAUACGAACAUUUUUAGUGCCUAUUACUAAUAAUUUAUUACAUUAUUAUCUUAAUACGUAGCAAAGAAUAGUCAAUUUUAAAAUAGGUAGCCGUCCAGGCCUUUAUUAUGACCAAAAUUCUACAUACCUACCUAAUAAUAAAUUUAAUUUAGUUAUUUCUUAUUAUACUCAGUUCUGUGAUAAGAAUCAAGUAAUGAGCUUUGGGUUAUCAUUAGCAUAAUUUGGAUACAGGUUUUUACAUAGCUAUUAGGGGUCUAUAACUACGUAUACAUCAUGUAUAAGGAAACUCAUUGGCAAUAUGUUUCGAUUUUAGUAGAUAUUGUAUAAUAUUAAGUUUGGUAAGCGAAACUAUAAUAUUUUCCAAUUUAUAAAUUGUAAUGUUACUUCUAUGAAAUAAUAUUAUAAAUAGCGUUAAUUCUAUGUUAAAAUUGUAAAUGUUUUUUUUUUUAGUGCCAAACAAUAAAAAUAAAAAAAUAAAUUUUUAUUGGUAUGUAACAAAUUUAUGAAUUAUAUUAUUAAUUAACUACCACGCAUAAUACAUAAUAUUAUAAGACUAAGUAUAUUGUAAUAUUGCAUAAUAUGUAAAGUUUAUAAAAAAAAAAUCAAAGGGGUUAUGAUUGAUGAGUCUAUAUAGGUACUCUAUAUCAAUCUCCAUAUAAUCUGAAACUCCGUUUUGUACAUAUACAUGUCCAUACAACAUGUAUAGGUACAGUCGUAAACACAAUGUUCUAAUACCUGAAUUAAAAUUAUUAUGUUUAGGGAACUAUAUAUUCUAUUAUAUUUAACGCACUUGUAAUAUUAGUUGUUACCUGUUUAUUAUGUGUUAUUUUUUAGCUAUGAAUGAUAACGUAUUCAAUUAAUAAAUUAGAGCUAACACAAUUUGGUUGUACUAACUAUUUAGUUGAAUUAUAUUAUGUAAUCGUAACUAAUUAUUAAAUAAACUAUACAACAUAUUCUAGUA